GAGUAGGAAGAAAGAAAUCUGGGUCUGGUUCAUUAAUGGAGAAUAUGGGAGAAUGGGAGCGAAUGAACCUGAUAAAUGAGUUAACUCGGGGACGAGAGCUAGCGAGGCAACUCCAGGCUCAUCUCAAUGCGCCUUCUUCUGAUGAUGAAACGAAUCAACUUUUAGUUCAAAAGAUUGAUGCUUCUUAUCAGAAAGCACUCUCGAUGGUGAACUGCAAUGUUAACACGUCGUUUAUAAUGGCACAAGAAGCACCGGAAGGAACGACCAGAAUGUCGGAGUGUGGAUAUCUCCAGAGUGAAGACUCCGAUCGUUGUUUCGGGGAACCGGAGCUCAAAGAUGCCUCCAAGAAAAGGAAUAGCAGUCAACCAAGAUGGAUACAAAAAGUUCGAGUAACGCCUGGGAUGGCAGUGGAGGGACCUCUUGAUUAUGGUUUCAGUUGGAAGAAGUAUGGACAGAAAGAUAUUCUCGGCUCCAAAUAUCCAAGAGGCUACUACAGAUGCACACAUCGAAGCGUUCGAGGUUGUUUGGCAACGAAGCAAGAACAAAGAUCGGGGGAUGACCCGACAAUCUUUGAGAUUACAUACAUCGGGGUCCACACUUGUACCAACGUAGCUUCAAAUCUAAAUUCUCCCUCAGGGCCCUCUGAUGGAAAUCAAGAACAAGGAUCAUUGCACCAUAUCCAGAAACAAUCAUCACAGGAUCUGUUUCUUAGCUUCCAAAACGACGUCAAAGUUAAAACCCAAGAUUUAGAUAACAUUCAUCAUCAUCGUCACCAAGCAUGGCAUUCAUUCCCCUACACUUCGUCAACGUCCAACGUUGUCUUUUCAUCACCUUUUUUAGCUGUAAAUGAUGCUGUCCAAAACCAUUUGCAGUCUAAUACCGUAUCGCCAGUGGCAUCGAGGACCAACUUUAGCUUUCAAGCCCGUGAUGAUCAGACUUGGGUUACUGAUGAGUAUAAUAUUGUUCAAGCUGCUGCUACUUCGGCGACGAGCUCGCCAGCAGUUGGCUUGGAUUUCCCAUUCGGUAAUUCCCAGUUUGAUCAAAACUUCAAAUUUGACAACAAUGGGUUCUUCCCCUAAUGAUUGUAAGCUUUGUUGUU